AGCGAGGAAAGAGAUUCCUCCCACCGCAAUGCGAAGCGCCCUGCACCUCAUCCUGUCGCUGCUCCCCGUCCUCGUUCGAGGGCAAGGAUGGAACACAAUCACCUCCUACGAUGACCUGGUGGCGGCCCUGUCGGACGGAGAGCACAUCUCCGCCGUUUUCAGCACCGCCAAUUGCGACAACACAGACUUCACGGGAGAUCCCGUACGUCUCUCCUUUACAAUCCCCUCUAUUCGUCUUUCUCGAUGAUUCUCCAUCUAAUCAGCCC